CCCAAUAGAAAACCAAAGGUUCUCAAAGUUACACCAAAAUAUCCCCUCUUCCACACAAAACUAAUAAAACCCCAUCAAAAACUACCUUCACAAACUCUUAACAAUCCUAAACAAUUACGAAUUUAAUUUUUUUUUCUUUUUUUUUUUUUUUUGCUUCUUGGUUUUUUCAAUGGCAACUUCGAUUUCUGCAACUGGGUUGCGUUCAUCUUUCCAUGGAAGUUGGGGAACUUCAAUUGUUGGUGAAGAUUUUAACAUGCUUGCUAAAACAGUUCCAACACAAGUUCGAGUUGGGAAACCAGUUCGAUCGCAGCCCAUGAUGAAGAAUGUCAAUGAAGGAAAAGGUAUUUUUGCUCCUAUUGUUGUUGUUACAAGACAAAUUAUUGGCAAGAAGAGGUUCAAUCAACUGAGAGGAAAAGCAAUUGCUUUACACUCCCAGGUGAUUACGGAGUUCUGCAAAUCAAUAGGAGCCGAUCCGAAACAAAGACAAGGACUGAUUCGGUUGGCCAAGAAAAAUGGAGAGAGACUUGGGUUCCUUGCAUGAAUGAAAUCAGAUGCUUGUAUUUUUGAGAAAUGUAUUCAAGUUAAUAGCUCAUAGCUAAUAGAUACUCCUUUUCAUCUGCGUUUCCUUUGUGAACCGGAAUGUAAAACUAAGUCUUUGUAUUAUUCUAUAUUGCUCUUUGUCAUUCUUCA